AUGAGUCGACUGCUUCUGUAUCUCUUGCGUUCCACGCUUCUUUUCGGAUUGGGUGUUUGCUUAUAUUACGUUUUCGGUCUACUGCAAGGCUUUCGGAGCGGAAUAUUUACAGACAAUUUUUCACUUCACGUACUGAGAACUAAUUCAGGGAUACCCCUUUGUUGCGGCUUCCUAGCAGGUAAUUGCAUUAGCCAGAGCGACACGUUUCUGUUUAACUUGAGGUUUUCCUGAUUUUACGUAUACCAUGCACAACCAUCAUCUUCUUUCACCUCUUUCAUUUAUGCAGUGUUUGGAGGACUUCUUUCGCCACAUAUAUGCAACAAACUGCAACAGUUGCGCCCUAAUGAGACUGAGUGGUGUUCCGUCAUACGAUGCUUGGUAUUAUUCUUCGGAAUCACCCACGCGACAACGAAAAUCGACUUCAUAUCCAAUUCGCAGCUUCUUUUCACCGUUGCUUCUCUGUCGUUGGGGAUCUGGUGGCUGUUUGACCGUUCGCUUGGUGGAAUUCUCAUUGGGUCUGGGACCUCCCUCUUGGGUACAGCUAGUUGUCAAUUGCUCGCGAAUCGUAGGGUGGUAAAGUAAGUUGACCCUUCUGCUCAUUAUUUGUUUAGCUCGACGGACCCACUUUUGUUCUCCUGGCUGCCGUGUGUAUUUUUCUCGGGUGGAAUAACCAUCUCACUGGUUGGACGACAGUUAGCAAAACUCGACCUGACAGCUGAAAAACUAAAAUCGGAGUAA